GGCCGCGCUCGGCUCCUCCCGGCGCGCGGCUCCCGCGCUCGCUCGGCUCUCGGCCGUUUCCGGAGCGUCUGGCGGCCGGCGCGGAGCGCUCGGGGUGGCGGCCGCAGAUGUCGGAGCGCCCGGGCGGCGUCGGCGACGGCCCGGCGGUGGAGCGGAGCCAGUCGGCCCCCGCAGAGAAUGGAGAUCUAGAGAACUCCAAGCUGGCCUCUUCGGGAGCUUCAGCCUCUGAUUCUGAGCCUGGUUCAUCACCCUACAGGCCACAGAUGGUGUCUCCAGAGGGUGAGGAUGCCGCAGAAGAACUGCAGAAAGCAGCCAGUGCCUUGGAGGCUGAGGACUUGGUGGAAGAGGAACUGCUUCCGGCAGACCAGGCCCAGGUCCUCAACCAGAUGGCCCAGUACCACGUAAUACAGAGAGCUGGGGACAUCGUUAUGAUCCAGUCUGAGCACACGGGAACCAUCGACAUUCUCUCCGCUGAUCUGGAAUCUGCAGACCUUCUGGGCGACCACAGGAAAGUGGCCCCGCCUCUGAUGGCACCUCCGUGCAUCUGGACCUUCGCCAAGCUGAAGGAAUUCAAGAACAAGCUGGGCAGAGAAAAGAACAGCCGUCUGGUGGUGAAGCGGGGUGAGGUGGUGACCAUCCGGGUGCCCACCCACCCAGAGGGGAAGCGAGUCUGCUGGGAGUUUGCCACUGAUGACUAUGACAUUGGCUUUGGGGUCUAUUUUGACUGGACUCCCGUGACCAGCACUGACAUAACCGUGCAGGUCAGUGAUUCCAGUGAGGAUGAGGAUGAAGAUGAGGAAGAGGAGGAGGAGAUUGAAGACACCGUCCCGGUUGGCGAUGUGGAGAGAGGCUCCCGGAGCUCCCUGCGGGGCCGCUAUGGGGAGGUGAUGCCCGUGUACCGGCGCGACAGCCACCGAAACGUGCAGGCCGGCAGCCACGACUACCCCGGCGAGGGCAUCUACCUGCUCAAGUUCGACAACUCCUACUCCCUGCUGCGCAACAAGACUCUCUACUUCCACGUCUACUACACGAGCUGAGGGCCCCGGCCGGAGCAGGCUGCCAGCUGGUGCCUCUUGCUUUGACCAGCGAGCGUUCAGAAGGGCGCGCGCGGGCCUGGCGCUCCGCCCUGCCUGGCAUGCCUGACUGUCCACCCCGUGUAGCUCUUUCCCCUUCUCGGCUUCUGCUGGUGGUUGGUGUGAGUGCCCGUCCCUUGUGGUCCCCGACUCAUGCUCUUCAUGCUUCAGAUAACAGCAGCAUCUCUCUGUACAGGAACCCAUCAGGCAAAGGCCUCCUGUGAGGUUGGGUGUUGUUGCUUAGAAAUCACGUUUGUUUUUUGGCACAAGGUCUGUUGCUCCGAGUGCUGCUUUCCUCUCCUCUCCCAGAGCCUUUCACUGCAGAUGCGUGUAGGUCGCCCCCAUCUCCUUUCACUCUUGGAAAAAGUGCCAGAAGAGGGAAAAGCACAUGGUCCACGAAGGAACCGUGUUUCCUGGGCAGAGAUUGCACUGCCCAGCCUCUCACCACUGCCAAGUUCCCACCUGCUGGCUCUUCAUGGUGUCCAGCAUGGGCUGGGAGCCCUCACUGCCUUCGAAGGGGUGUGCUUAGCCCUCUUGGUUGGACUCAACCCCUUGCCGGCUCCGGCCCCUCCCCAAUUCUGUGUCUGCCCUUGCGGCAAAAAUUCCAAGCUGUGUCAAGUGGUGAUCAAUGUGUGUUGAGACCAACCCUAGGGAGAAAACUGCCCUUAUCACUCCUCUUCCUUCCUUCCUUCCUUCCUU